AUGCAACACCAACAGCAGCAACAACAGCAGCAGCAGCAGCAGCAGCAACAGGUGGGUUUCGGAAGCACCCCAAUGCAUCACUUGAUUGAUUCUCCUAUCUUAGUAGGAGGCAGCACAGUUCUUGCUGGAGGCGGCUCCGCUUUAGUUAUCGCUGUGGGGCCCCACAGUCAACAAGGACAAAUGUAUCAAACCCUUACAGCUGUAGGCGCUCAGCCGACGCCCCUGCAAACCUGCGUCACCUUCUGCGUCCUUGUGGUUCAGUUCUGGGUGCUGUACGGGCUGUCUGCCCCAGAGGAUCGCCCCUCUGCAGCUAACGCCAGCAAAGAACAUCUUGAAUUCUUCGUUACUGCAAUUACAAUUGUUGUUGUUGCUGUGCCUGAGGGUUUGCCGCUAGCAGUUACGAUUUCUCUUGCAUACUCCGUAGGCAGGAUGCUCAAAGACAAGAACUACGUACGGCGUUUGGCUGCAUGCGAAACGAUGGGGGGAGCCAACGAAAUUUGCAGCGAUAAGACGGGGACUCUAACGAAAAAUAAAAUGCAGGUUGAAUCACUAUGGAGAGGAGGCUUCUCAGAUCCUUUCUCUUCUCUGCUGCUGCAGCAGCAGCUGCAGCAGCAGCAGCAGCAGCAGCAGGAAGCAGCAACAGGAGGAGCAGCAGCUGCUGCUGCUCCCGUCCUGGAGGAGAGACACCUUGAAACUUUUUUGCAGUCUCUUGCAGCAACAGCAAACAAAGGAGACGCCAACUGGGAUGCAAUCCUCCAGCGUGCUGCUGCUGCUCCUGCUGCUGCUGCUGCUGCAGCAGCAGCAGCAGCAGGAGAAGCAAGCCCACAGGACAAACAACGCGACACGAUUCACAGCUGCACUGGACCCGUACAAGCAGCAGCAGCAGCAGCAAAAGAAGCAGGAAGCAAGGAGACAGCAAUGCAAGAGGUGCUUUUAAAAGGAGGAAUAACAGAAAGAGAGUGGUCUAGCCUUUUGGCUUCCUCUGUUAUAUUAAACAGCACCGGCAGCAUCGGGGUAGAUGCAUGCGAUGAGCCCUUAUCUAGAGGAGAAGCAACAAGGUCUUUGCGGAGUAGCUGCUGCUGCUGGACCCCUGGUGCUGCUGCUGCUGCUCCUGCUCCUGCUGCUGCUGCGGAUGGAGCAGCAGCAGCAGCAGCAGCAGCAGCAGCAGGAGCAGCAGCAGAUGAAGGGCCGCAUCAUGUGGGGAGCCCUACAGAAUGUGCUCUCUUAGAGUUUGUUUCCUUCUUAGGUUAUUCUGCAGAAGAAUUAAGGAGGCAGCAAUUGCUGCUAUAUGGCGACCCUGUCUUUAGAGAACCCUUUACCAGCGAUCGUAAAUUUAUGACUACUGUUAUCUCGCUGCAGCAGCAGCAGCAGCAGCAGCAACCGCUGCUGCUGCAGCUGCCCCUGCCUCAACCAGGAGAAGCAGCAACAAAGGAGAGAAGAAGAAGAGGAAGCCGCAGCAGCAGACGCAGCAGCUGCAGCAGCACUGACAGCCGCCGCUGCAGCACAGCCAGCAACAGCAAUCGUCUUCUCGCUGCAGUUGAGCCCCCAGCAGCAGCAGCAGCAGCAGCAGGAACAGCAACAGCAGCAGCAGCAGCAGCAGCAGCAGGGGAAGACAAUGAAGUGGGGGCUUACAGAGUGUUUGUGAAGGGAGCAGCAGAGAAGGUUUUACGUCUUUGCUCCCACCUUGUCGUUCCUGCUUCUCUAGCAGCAGCUAUGCCCAGCAGCAGCAGCAGCAGCAGCAGCAGCAACAGCAGCAGCAGCAGCAGCAGCAGCAGCGAGAACCUGUCUGCUGAUUUGUGUGUGGUGCCUCUGACUGAGGAGCUAACAACAGCAAUAGAACGAAGGGUAAUAGAGUAUAUGGCUGGAGAAUGUCUGCGUACAGUCUGUGUAGCAUUUAAAGAUAUAACUGCAACAAGAAAAGAAAUAAAUGAAGACCAAGAAGACUCCGCCUCCCCCUUCUCCCGCUUAGAAACGAAGCUCACCUGCCUUGCCAUCUUUGGAAUCAGGGAUCCAGUGCGUGAGGAAGUGCCGGCAGCAGUGCGGGCAUGUCAAGCUGCAGGUAUUCGCGUGCGUAUGGUGACGGGAGACAAUCUGGAGACAGCGAAGCAAAUAGCUAUUAAGUGCAACAUCUUUCAUCCGGAGGAAGAUGGGUUGGCUCUGACUGGAGCGGAGUUCAGCCGUUUAGUUGGGGGGGUAGUUUGUAGCAUUUGUCUAACUAGGGUUUGUGACUGCCCAGUAGGCGAUGCUUCAGGAGAUAAAGAAGGAAGAAGAAUACGCAAAGAUGUUGUUAAAGACAUCGAAGCAUUUAAACAAAUUGCGCCUAGGCACGAACACACACACACACUCCUAGGGUUGGAGGUGUUAGCCCGAUCUCAGCCAAUGGAUAAGUUUGCGCUUGUUGUGGGGUUACAACAACUGGGUUUAGUUGUUGCGGUUACGGGCGACGGGGCAAACGAUGCUCCAGCUCUGAAGACAGCAGACGUAGGCUUUGCUAUGGGCAUUACCGGGGUUAGAGGGAAGGAGGUAGCGAAGCAAGCAGCAGACAUCGUAUUGCUCGCGACGAUAACUUUGAGAAAGAUGUGUCGGAACAUCUUGGGCCAGGCUGCCUACCAGUUGACUGUUUUGUUUGUUUUAAUUUUUGCUGGAGAUAAAUUUGUUCCGGAGUUAAAGUGGGAGCAUGUCUCUAGAGAGACCCGCAACUCCUUCCCUGGCUUCUGCGAAUUCAGCGACUGCGACAGCCCAUCUCCUCAUUUGCUGCGCUCUGGGCGUCGUUUCUUCCCCUUUACCUCCGA